UUUCCCCCCCCCCCCCCUCUCUCUCUCUCUCUCUCAUCACCAAAAACCAAAAACAAACAACCCAAAUUCACAAAAACCAAUACCCAUUUCUACAAAUUCACAAAAACCAAUACCCAUUUCCAUCUCUAUAUAUUAUCAAGUACGAUUGUUGUUGUUGGUUGAGAUUGAGAAAAAUGCCGUCAUUGGAAGAGGAGUUGUUUCCGUCAACCCCGGGUAAGUUUAAGAUCGACAGAGCCCACGCGAUUAAUCGCCAGUUCCACCGAUGUUUCGCCUCCACGAGCACCAUGUUUCUGUGGGCCCUCUUCCUAAUAGCCCUAACGGCGUCGUAUUUGAGUUUCCAGAGUUUCGUCGAUUCCGGUAGCCGGUACUUCUCCGCCUCAUGGGGCGGUAUCCAGUGGGAGAAACAAGUCCGCACCUCCGCCGAGAUCCACCGCUCCGGCGGACUCUCCGUCCUUGUUACCGGAGCCGCCGGUUUUGUCGGCAGCCACGUGUCCCUCGCUUUGAAAAAACGCGGUGAUGGAGUCGUUGGGAUCGACAACUUCAACAACUACUACGACCCUUCUUUGAAAAAAUCCCGAAAAGUCCUUCUCGCUUCUCGUAAUAUCUUCAUUGUCGAGGGUGAUAUUAACGACCAGCGUCUUUUAGCAAAGCUCUUUGAUGUUGUGGCUUUUACGCAUGUUAUGCACUUGGCUGCGCAGGCUGGGGUGCGAUACGCCAUGGAAAAUCCGAAUUCUUAUAUCCAUAGCAAUAUUGCCGGGUUGGUUACCCUUCUCGAAGCUUCUAAAUCCGCUAACCCGCAACCCGCUAUUGUGUGGGCUUCAUCGAGUUCGGUUUACGGGUUAAACGACAAGGUACCAUUUUCCGAAUCGGAUCGGACCGACCAACCCGCUUCUCUCUACGCUGCAACGAAAAAGGCGGGUGAAGAAAUAACCCAUACUUAUAACCAUAUUUACGGGUUGUCGGUAACGGGUUUAAGGUUUUUCACCGUUUAUGGCCCGUGGGGGAGACCCGACAUGGCGUAUUUUUCUUUUACUCGGAAUAUAUUGCAAGGGAAGCCGAUAACGGUGUACCGGGGCAAAAACCAUGUGGACUUGGCCCGGGACUUUACCUACAUUGAUGACAUUGUGAAGGGGUGUAUCGGGUCGUUGGAUACGUCUGGGAAGAGUACCGGGUCGGGUGGGAAGAAGAAGGGACCCGCUCCUUAUCGGAUCUUUAAUUUGGGUAAUACAUCGCCGGUGACUGUUCCGACGCUGGUGAGUAUUUUGGAGAAGCAUUUGAAAGUAAAGGCGAAGAAGAUUAUCUUGGAUAUGCCGGGAAACGGCGACGUUCCGUUUACCCAUGCGAAUAUAAGUUCGGCCCGAAGAGAACUCGGGUAUAAACCCACAACCGAUUUGCAAACCGGGUUGAAGAAGUUUGUUAGGUGGUAUCUAUCUUAUUACGGCUACAAUCAUGGGAAGCCUGUAAAUUAAUUUCCAUUUUAAACUUUUGUUGUCAUAGAUUUUCUUGUUUUCCGGGGAAGUGGAGGAAAAGAAAAUUCAACUAAAAAAGAAAAAGAAAAAGAAAAAGAAAAACAUAUACCAAAAAGAAAAGAACAUAUUCGUUACUUGGGGAUUAGGGUGGAGAAGACUGUUAUCCUCUGUUUGUAGUUUUGUUUUCACUUUAUUUCUUUGUAAAUGACAAAGUUUGAUGUGUUCUUUGUUUGGUAACAUGACUAUCUUUAUUU